CUUAUACUAUCAGCUCAGAGGCCCUUUGUUCUGUGUCGGUGUUGUCUCUGUUGCUGCGAGGAGUUUGUUUGCCUAUGAUCUACCUCCUGUCCCUGCCUGCCUUGUGGACUCUCAGUCUCUGCACUUGUUACAGCUCCUUUCUAUCAUCUUCACCACAAAGAACAAGAUUUUGAUCCUAGCACCAGCUUGACCAAAGAGGAAACCAACAAUGUCCAACAUCAUGAAAGUGUUUCUGCUCCUGGCUGUCAUCGUCUGCAUCUCUGAAGCCCAACGCGACGAUAUGUCAGGAGAGCAGUGUCUCUGUCGACGUUUCAGGAAUGGAAUCAACACGAGGAAUAGCGUAAAGGACAUCCAGAUCUACCCAGCAACCAUCUUCUGUGACAAAGUGGAGAUUGUUGUCACUGCCAACAGCGGCCUUCGCUAUUGCCUGAACCCCAAGCUGAAGACGGUGCAGAAACUCAUGGCUUCCAUCAUGAAACCUAAAACCUCUACUACAGCCAGACCAACUGAGGUCACUUCCGCCUCAGGCAGCACCGACACAGCUCGCUUCUGACUCUUUAUCUCCUCGGAUCAGUAAGAAGAAGCUCAGAUGACCUAUAACCCCCC